CAGCGGGCUUUUCAAAUUUUAGAUCUAUAUUUCUAAUUUUUCGGUCGUUUUUAGGAGGUUACUCACUCAGUUUGAGGAAUUUACUCACUCAGCAUUAGAAGAUAUAGUAGCCACAUCUAAACUUUACAACAAUAAUGUCCACAAAAACUCCAAUUAAGAACAGAAUUAUUAAGGAAAAUCUAAGAAGGACUAGAGGAAAGAAGAUGAAAAAAAGAAAUAUGUCAGAAACACCAACCACUUUCUUACCAAGAGGAAAGGAAAAUGUUUCCAAGAGAAUGUUACUUUUUUCAGGAAAGAAAAAAGGGAAGACUCCAGUCAGUUCAAAUGGAGAGAAUAGGGACCAGCAGGAUGCAGUCCCCAUGGAAAUUGAUCCUCAAUCUCCCUCUGGACGCCACUGUUAUGUUAAAAAAGAGGGGGAUGAUACUUACUUUUCUGUGAAAGUUGAGGAACUCACUACCUCCAAAAUAUCUGAGGCAGUUACUUUGAAACUUCAAUUGGGGAAUGGUGCCAUAGGAGAUAUCAAAUUAAAAGACAAAAGCAGGAGUAUUCAUGUCAAGAAAGAUGACGGAAGCGUUGAGGAGAGAGAUCUGAAAGAGGGAGAUCUCACUCUACUUUUAAAAUGGGAAAAUAAUCAAAAUUCCUAUACCCUAUGUGAGCAGUAG